AUGGCCAAGUGGGCGAAUCGGAUGCACUGGUCAAUAUGUAAGUGGCAUACAAUUGGUUAACUUCUGUAUAUACUGGUUUAAUUAGGCUUUAAUGAUAGUGAUUGUGUUUAAUUCCUUUCUUACUCUGUUUUUAUCGUCAUUGACAUUCGGACUGAGUUUCAGAGUUCCUCUGUUGUUCUUGAGCGUGGUGCACUUGAUCUACCUCAUAAAAACAUGCAUAGUUCAUCACAAAAUGUAAAAAUACUAAGUAAAAUAAGAAGAGCUAAAACUGAUUUUGAUUGCUGUUUCGAAUUGACAUGGAAUAUUGGUCUAAUCUCAUAUUACGUAAUCGAUAGUCAUAAAUUAUAGAGUUGUUUGAUUUACUUUGUUGAAUACCAGAGCUUUUAAAUACAAUACUUAGGAAUGCUGUUAUGUUUUUACAAUGCAAUUUGGAUGUUUUAUAGUGGAGUGCAAUUGCAUAAGAGGAAAUCCGAGAAACUUUAAUAUAAUUUGGUACCUAAAAUAGAAUAAAUGUAGUUGGGUGUUUUCGCCAAGUUGUGUUUUAUAACAUAGUUAACCUUUAUCAACCUCAAACUAAUCGAUUGGUUGUCCAUUCAUUGGCUAUAUGCCUUUGUAAUAAUCUGGUUGUUCCUAUUGAUAGCGAUAUUUUUGGAAUUGAUAUCUCUAUUUAAUUUGUCUGCUCAACUGAGUAAAUAUUUCAACAGCAGCAAUGUGGAAGUGAAGGUGUAGAUGGGAACCAAAAUAGUGGGUUUAGUUUGGAUCUCGAUGUUUUUCUUUAGUUUCGCUGGGAUACCAACUUACACGAUGAUAAAUUUGUGUUUGUAUUUGUAAAAUGAAGACGGAAGAAAAAACUAUUUACUGGCAAUAAUUGUAAUUGCGUUUUACACGGUUGUUUAUAUGGUGUACACUAUAUAUCACAAAGAAUUGCUGACAUUAUUCAUAUUGAAUUUGCAUUACUUCGUUCGCAUAAACGAGGAUCGGAAUCAAGAUAGGCAGAUCCUGAGUUUUCCGAGUUCCAGAAGUCACAAAAAGUUUGUGUACUCCUUAAAGGAGAAUACACACAAGAACAACCUCGUUGAGUAUCCAACCUAGAUGGUUAAGAUUUCAAGCACUUAUUAUCUGCCAGACGAAUUAGUCAUGCGAAGACAUCAAACUGAGGUCAAUAUCGUCACCAGCAAAUAAGCUACAAUCACUGAAGUGGCUGUUCAAGAACCCACAAUGAAACAGUGCUUCAAUUGCAUCCAAAGACAGAGUUGUGUAGUCUGUAUGCCAUGCGGUCAUGGGGGCAUGUGUUGUAACUGUGCCAUGCAGUGGUUUGAAUAAAACAAAGAGUGUCCCAUUUGCAGAAGUGUAAUUGAUGAUCAUUUAUAUGAACUAGCUUAUCAAGGCUAUACUUCAGAUAGUGCAGAUUGACGAGCAAACAGUUAAGGUAGUGGAAAUUAUUGCAUAAAACUGA